UAUCCACCCUAAUCGGGAACUAUUUACUCAUCAAACAUGACCAAUAUUGAUGGCUAAUUAUAUUUAAUUAAUAAUAAGUAAUAAUGAUAAUAAUUUCAGUCGUAUUAUAACUAUAAUAAAGUCGAGCCCUUAGAAUAACAUUGCAUGACGUGUUCAAAAGCCAUCGUUUGUAUAUUGUAUACCUUAUGUACAGACUUCGGCGAUACUAAAUAUGUAAAUACACCAUCGUAAGACUAAUAACUCUUGAGCUGCAAUUAAGGAUUUUAAAUAAUAAUUAUAACUCUUAAUAUAUACUUAAAUUAUUGUUUCAAAGAUGGAGUAGAGACUAUUUCAAUAUACUUCAAUAUCAUUUCUCAUAGAGUCUUAAAAGCAGAUUGUUGUGUGUUAAUGACUAUACUGAAACAAAAUACAAAAUACACGAUAAAAAGAACCGUUUUCGAAACAUCAAUCUGCAAUUAUGGCUACGGCAUCACCGUCGGAAGAAGAGUCGACCAUCGUAGACAAUAGGCUGUUCAAAGCGAUCUGCUUGCAUCAAAUUCUCAAUCCCACCCACGGUAGCAACAGGUACUACAGGAUAGCGAUCUUGGCGUGCAUAUGGAUGUCAAUCGUCGUGCAGAUCACGCAGUUGGUCGGCCUUUACUACGCGGUCAACGACCUACAGCGGUUCGCGUUCACGACCACGGUGGUGGUCAACAGCUUUCUAAGCCUGGCCAAGGCGUACGUAUUAAUGGCGAACGUGGACAGGCUGCGCGACGGCCUGGAAGCGGCCCGGUACGAGUUCACGUCCUGCGGAUCCCGUGACCAGCGUACGGUGCGCCGGGCCCGAGCGGCGCUGUCCACCUUAGUCCGCACUUUUACCGUGUUCAGUUACGUCACGUGCUUCUUCUGGAUGCUAAACCCGCUGUCGGCGAUCGGCGAGUUCCUGCCGUUGACCAACGCGGACGGUACCGUCUCCCAUUACCGGGUUACCAUCUACAAUUAUUGGUUACCGGUGUCGGCCACAGUGUACAACACGACGACCGUCUGGGCGCUCACCUACGCCAUCGAAAUGACAGUGUGCUUUUUUAACGUUAACACUUGGUUGCUGUUCGACAGCUACGUGUUGACCAUGUGCUUCACGUUCAAAGCUCAUUUCCGCACCUUGUCGGCCAGUUACGCGACCAUCGGACACCUAGAUACCUUUCGAUCACUGACGGCACACGCCUCGGGUACGUACACAGAUGAUAAUUUCAUAAAAACUGGUAACAAUAAUACAUUGAAUUGUUAUGAUGAACUGAUCAACCACUUACUAGAUAAUCAAAGAAUAAUUAAGAAAUAUGAUGAAUUUUUUGAAGUCAUUAAGCCUGUGAUACUGUUCCAAAUUAUUGGUGGUUCAUAUACAGUAAUAACCUUAACAUUUCUCACUUCACUGACGUAUCUUAUGGGGUUUUCAAUUAUAUCCAUACCUGUUUCAAAAGCAUUUUUUGGUUUUUUGGUAUUAAAUUUUCAGUUAUACUUAUACUGUUAUGUAUUCAAUCAUAUUGAAACCGAGAAAAGUGCGGUGAAUUUUGGAUUGUACAGUAGUAAUUGGACUGCAAUGGAUUUAAAAUUUAAAAAGACUCUAUUAUUGGCCAUGAACAUGAAUUCGGCUCACAGGCGAGUUAUGAAGGUGAUACCAAGGUCUAUCAUAAAUCUAGAAUUGUUUGCAAAGAUGAUGAACAUUACAUACUCCAUUGUAUCUGUACUAUUAAAUUCUAGAGCCGGGAAAUGAAUUGUACCGGUUUAUGAAUCCAAAUAUAAAUGUUAAAAAGUUAGUAAAAUAUUACAUGAUUAUUUAAAUUACAUUAUUAAUUUCAGUUAUUGUAUACAUUAAAUUAUGUUUAAGAUUUUUGAGU